AUUGAUGCAGCAACCGGGCAGAAAGACACAUUUGAAUCACUUCUUCAACGUAGUAUCAGAACCGCCAUAACUCUGAAGAAAAUGGGGAUUCAAAAAGGAGAUAUAGUAACAACUUGCUCAGAUAACAAUAUAAACGCAUGUGUGCCAUUAAUAGCUUCAUUUUUCAUAGGCGCCAUACCAUGUUCUUUAGAUCCAACCUUAUCAGAUUUCGAAAUGGAGGAGUUGAUCACGCAGGUGAAUCCCAAAAUCAUAUUCACUGUGAAAUUGUCGCUGGCCAAAAUAGAAAAGUUUGUUAAUGAUCGAAAUCUUGAUUCGAAAAUAGUAGUCUUCGGUUCUUCUUCAGACCAUGCUACUUUCGAAGAUUUUCUGCAAACUCAAGAAAGUGAAGAGGAAUUCAAACCAAUUUUCAUCGAAAAUCCCAUAGAUACUCUAAUUAUUUACUUCAGUAGCGGUACUUCAGGAUUUCCUAAAGGUGUUUGUCUCAACCAUUAUUAUUUUUACAACCAUUCUCCUCUGGCGCCUCCGGCAAAGAAUAAUGACGUAGAUAAAGAGAGACAGUUGUAUGAGUUAUCCGUUAAAAAGAAUGGAGAUUGCAGCUUCCUCAAUUACGGUUCUAUGUACUGGACCUCUGCGGGGAUGGGACUAUUCCUCUCCAUUUUCGCUGGAGUUAGUAGACUGCUGUGCAACAAUUUCAAUCCAGAAGAAUUCUGGUAUCUGAUAGAUAAAUACAAAGUAUCUGGUGGAUUUCUCACUCCAUUUCAAGUAACAGAAUUGGUGAAAUCUGGCAAACCAGAUGACGUUAGUUGCAGUUCGCUUAUCAGGUUAACAACCGGAGGUGCAGCGUUAUCCAAAAGAUAUUUUUUUGCACUCCAAGAAUUACUUCCAGAUACAGAUAUCGUUCCAACAUAUGCCCAAACAGAGGCAGGAAUGUUGGCUAAUUUUCAAAUAUACAACAAAACCCAGAGGGAGAUUUAUAAAAAAAACCCUGAGUCUGUUGGACUACCGGUUAGAGGAGUGUGGUAUAAGGUCGUGGAUCCUGACAGUGGAAAUAUUGUGGGCCCCAAUGAACCUGGAGAAUUGAGAAUAAAAAGCAUUUGUGUAAUGAAUGGAUACUAUAAGCGAGAUUAUUCGAAUAGAUUUGACGAAGAAGGAUGGUUCAGAACUGGUGAUGUAGUCUAUUAUGAUGAAAACUGCCAGUUUUACGUCGUGGAUAGGUUGAAGGAAAUGUUGAAAUACAGAGGAUGGCAUAUUCCACCUGCCAUCUUGGAACUUCAACUCUCCCAUCAUCCUGCUGUGAGGCAGUCAGUUGUUAUAGGUCAGAAACAUGAGGAAGAUGGAGAUCACCCCAUGGCAAUUGUAGUCUUACAUGAAGAAUAUAAGGGGAAAAUAACCCCUGAAGAAAUAGAACAGUUCAUCGAGGAGAGAGUUCAAGAUAAACAGAGACUGAGAGGAGGAGUGCGGUUUGUCGAUAGUUUUCCGAUGACACCAUCAGGCAAAGUGAAGAGGAAAACACUGAAGAGAAUGUUUUGUGUUGAUAAAAAUUGUUAUUUGAGACAAAAAAGUAUUGAUCCUCUCAAAUGAGGAUGGAUACGUAUAUUUUAGGUCAUCACUAGUUACCAAACAUCAUUCUGUUAUAUACUCAAAUAGAUAUUUUAAAAUUUUUUCCAUUAAAUUUUGUUUUUGUUGUGAGCUGAAAUGUACGACAUGAUUUGUAUUGGAUGAAUGGUAAUAGUAACAUAUUGAACUAUCGAUAUAAUACGAUGUUAUUAUUUAUGCAUGUCCAGAAAGUUGUAAGUUUAUAUUUCACUUGAUUUUGUGUUUCCCUUGAUCAUAUUCAUUAUAUAAGGACAAGGACUUUUCAUAGAAAUACAUAUCUUUUAUUCAAACCGA